UUUAUCUAUCCCCCCCUCCGCCAAGAUAAACCCCGUGCCCAAGAUAAACCCCAUGCCUGCACAAGAUGUUACGAGUACAAUUACCGGAUCUACGUUAUACUGACUGUAGAGUGGACUUCUCAGCUAAAAGUUUUACUGCAAUGGUAACCCUGUGCAGAGAAUUGGAGAUCAGACAUCCAGAGGAGCUUUCAUUUAUUAAGGGUGUAGAAUCUGACCAUUUAAAGUACAAUUACGGAACUCUGAAGAAGGAAGAGAUUAAGACACGAAGAAUCACCGUUGCAACCAUGAGUCCAAGACAAGAUACCAACACAUUUAUCUCUAACUCUGAGACCCUGAGGAGAAAAAGUACAAGUGCAUCACCAAUGCAUAGGAAAAUAAGUAACAGAUCAACUCUGAGUAUAGGAACCCCUAAACUAAAUAACAGAUCCGGAAGCUGUCUCAGUUUAGCAAUGUCUCCACCACCUACAGACGAAGCAAAGGAGACCAUUGUUAAACCCAAGACCCUUGUAGAGCGAGCAAGGAUGAAUGUUGGAUGGUUGGAUUCUAGUCUUAGUAUAAUGGAACAGGGGGUAGCGGAGUUCGAUACACUUCUACUCAGAUAUAAGUACUACUCAUUCUAUGAUUUGAACCCCAAAGAAGACCCAGUAAGAAUAAAUCUGAUUUAUGAACAGGCAAAAUGGCAAAUAUUGAACGAAGAGAUUGACUGUACAGAAGAGGAACAGUAUUUGUUUUCAGCUCUUCAACUUCAGGUUGGAUUACAGGUGAAUGUCCCCCAGCCUACAGAGGAGGAUGAGGAUGAUGUAGAAUCUGCUCUUAAUGAACUUCAGAUCUCUCUUGACGGAGGUUGUCAGCCUAGUGAUCAUACAGAUGUAACUUCAGUUCCUCAGUUGGCAGGAUUUCUUAAAUAUAUUAAACCAAGAAGAUUUACACUCAAGGGAUUAAAAACAUGUUACUUUGUGUGCAGAGAUUGUCAGAUUCAAGGUUGGAAGAAUAUUCAAGAUUAUCAGGAUUAUGGACAGGAACCAUCCAUCUCAGUUCAUCUUAAAGGAUGUGAGGUAGUCCCUGACGUGAAUAUACAGCAGUGUAGAUACGGAAUAAAGCUGUCAGUUCCAAGUACGGACGGGAUGAGUGAUCUCUGGCUCCGGUGUGAGAAUGAGUCUCAGUAUGCCCAGUGGAUGGGAGCAUGUCGAGUAGGAGCUAAAGGAAAAACUUUAGCGGAUGCAUCAUAUGAUCAGCUAUCCAUCCCAAAACACGAGGUAGGCUACCAACUUGAUAGUUAUUUCUAUCAAAUGCAACAUCAUGCACAUCUUCCAGCUAUCAAUCGAAACAAACUAGAUAUCGAUGUUGAGAACUAUGUUGCGAGGAGAAGCGAGGCAAAAAUAAAUAUUAUUUUGUUUAUAGAUAUCGAUGUUGAGGACUAUGUUGCGAGAAGGUUUAAAAGAAGCGCAGCAAAAAUAAAUAUUAUUUUGUUUAUAGAUAUCGAUGUUGAGGACUAUGUUGCGAGAAGGUUUAUAAAGAAGCGCGGCAAAAAUAAAUGUCGAUCAAGAAUUCUAGAAGCGCACUCUAAUGUCAAGGAUCUCAACCUCAUUGAGUCCAAGAUGAACUUCAUUAAGGCCUGGCAGUCCUUGCCCGAGUAUGGAGUUUCUCUCUUUGUUGUUAAAUUCCACGGGGAACGUAGAGAAGAGUUGUUAGGAAUAUCUUUUAACAGAAUAAGUCGGAUGAACCUUUUAUCUGGCGACUACCUUACUUCUUGGAGAUACAGUACGAUAAAGGCCUGGAAUGUGAACUGGGAGACAGGCUAUAUGAUGAUCCAGCUGGGAGGAGGUGCAGGGGAGGAUAAUAUUAUAUUCCAGUGUCUCUCUGCAGAUUGUAAAGUAGUCCAUGAGUUUAUAGGUGGGUAUAUAUUUAUGUCAAUGCGAUCCAAGGAAUCUAAUCAAGCCUUAAACACUGAACUAUUUCACAAGCUGACAGGAGGCUGGAAUUAAAACCAGAAUCUCAAAUUAAAACUGAAAUCUAGAAUUUAAACGGGAGGCUGAGAUUUAGACCGAAGGCUUGCAACAAUAAUAAUGCUAGAAUCAAUAUAUUUUUUAACGCAUAUUUUUUAACUGUUAUUAUAAUUAUAGCGCAUUUAUUUUUAAGUUUAAUAAUUUGUUUAUACAAUAUCUGAUUAACAAGAUUAGAUGUUUCGAACCUCAAUGGUGAACUGCCUUUAAAGUGCAAUUUUAAAGAAGCCUGAAUCAUGCAUUUAAUAUAUAACCUUGUGCAAUUUCUAAGCAUUUGAUUUAUAUCUGUUUAUUUUUACUUUGUAAAUUAAA